AAAUGGACCGCUCCACACCUGAGCUGCCGCCAAGCUAACUCAAUCGGAGCCGGCGCAUUUGAGAAGGCGCCUGUGAGGGUCGCUCCUCAGCCGCCGCGCUCCCACUCCGCGCUCCCACUCCGCGCCCCCACUCUGCGCCGCCGCGCCUCUGCCCGCCCCGAAGGUGGACGUGAAGCUCCAACACCUCGACUUCUGGGCCCGCCUCCAUGGCCAGGUCCCGGGACUGCUGGACUGGGACAUGGGGAACGAGCUUUUUCUGGCCUUCACCACAUCUCACCUCCCCUUAGCGGAGCAGAAACUUGCCAGGUAUAAACUCCGAAUUGUUAAGCCACCAAAAUUACCCCUAGAGAAAAAACCCAACCCUGAUAAGGAUGGUCCAGAUUAUGAGCCCAACCUCUGGAUGUGGGUAAACCCCAACAUCGUGUAUCCUCCCGGAAAGCUGGAGGUCCCAGGACCUAAGAAGAGGGAGGAUCUGACAAGCACACUCCCCUUCUCUCAGCCACCCCAGAAGGAGGAAGAUGCCAGCUGCUCAGAGGCCACAGGGGUGGAAUCACUGUCCCGGUCCUCCAGCAAGCAGUCUCCCCCUCGGAAGCGGUUUGCCUUUUCCCCCAGCACCUGGGAGCUCACAGAAGAGGAGGAGGCUGAGGACCAGGAAGACACUUCCUCUGUGGCUCUCCCAUCCCCUCACAAAAGGCCCCCCCUCCAGAGUCGGAGGCUUCGGCAAGCCAGCAGCCAGGCGGGGAGGCUCUGGUCCCGGCCCCCUCUCAAUUACUUCCACCUAAUUGCCCUGGCAUUAAGAAACAGUUCCCCCUGUGGCCUCAACGUGCAACAGAUCUACAGUUUCACUCGAAAGCACUUCCCCUUUUUCCGGACGGCCCCGGAAGGCUGGAAGAAUACUGUCCGUCACAAUCUCUGUUUUCGAGACAGCUUUGAGAAAGUGCCUGUCAGCAUGCAGGGCGGGGCCAGCACACGGCCUCGAUCUUGCCUCUGGAAGUUGACCGAGGAGGGACACCGCCGCUUUGCAGAGGAGGCCCGCGCCUUGGCUUCCACUCGGCUAGAAAGUAUCCAACAGUGCAUGAGCCAGCCAGAUGUGAUGCCCUUCCUCUUUGAUCUUUAACCCCAAGAAGCAACAGCCAGCUAAUGCUUUAUUAAAAUUACCCUCA